AUGGCCAUCUCCGUCCGCCCAGUCGCCGCCCUCGACCUCUCCACACUGGAGCGCUGCAGCACCGUCGAGUUCGCCGCCUUCGCAAGCGACUUCCACUCGCUCGUCUUUCCCGGCCCGUUCCCGGAGGACCGCGCCGAGACGAAAGCCCAGGCGCUGUCCGCCGCCAUACAGAACGACGGGUGCCGCAUCUUCGCGGCGUGGGACGUCGACGACGAGGGCUCCGAGACGCUCGUGGGCUAUGCGCGGUGGUUCGUCUAUGGCAAGAGCAUGCCGGAGCCCGAGCCGCGUACUUUCGGUCCCGGCGUGCACGUUGCGGCUGCGACGGAGAUGCUCGGUGCGAUUGAUGGCCUGCGGAAGGCGAACUUUAGCGGCAAGGCUUGUGUUUACCUCUCUGUGCUGGUCGUGCAUCCGGACCACCAGGGCCGGGGCGUCGGGAAGCAGCUCAUGGAAUGGGGGUUGGAAAGGGCUGCGGGCCUUGGUGUGCCUGCUUUCCUGGAGUCGUCUCCUGCUGGGAGGAAAUUGUACACAGGCCUUGGAUUUAGAGAAGUCGAUGUCGCCAAGGUGCCGUUUGCGCAGUUUGGCCUUGAUACAGUGUUUACGGUGUGGGCUAUGAUGUGGACUGGGGCGGAGGUCUAG